CCGUUUGUUUUGGUCGACGAGGCUUGGCGCGCGAACGCCGCUGCCGUCCAAGUGCGGACGCCUCGGCUGCGUCGCCUUCCUCCAGGGAUCGCCAGCAGACCAUAGCCUGUGGCGUGCGCAACCCAGCAGGCAAAGAUGUCGGCCAGCAAAAGGCGCUCUUCCGUGGGGUUUGCCCUCUCGCCCACCAAGCGUCGGAGCAACUUCGGCCAGGCCAGCUCUGACACGCCUCACUCACGGCGGCAUUCCAUCAUGGACUCUGUUGGCUCUGACAACGUUUUUAUGGAUGUACCUGCGAAUAAUGAUGAGCAGGAAAAGAAAGAGCGGCAGUUGAGUCGAUUGCAGCAGCAGAUGCAAUCAAGGAACUUCUCGUCUCCCUCAGCAACCCCAGGAGAUAGAAGAAAGUCUUUAAGCUCUGUAGCUGGACUCACCAACCAGCAGUUGUCAGACCAUUACUCAAAAUGCAUUCAGCUGUCUGCAGAGAAUAAAAUCAGCAUGAAAAAUGCAUUCAAUUUGCAGCUUAUAGACUACAUGUCAGAAAUGCUUCGCAGAAAAGACUCUGACAUGAAUAAUUUUCAGGUUGCCAGCUGUACACUGGAUGCUAGCACAAAGAUCUAUGCAUAUCGUGUGGAUAGUAUCCACACAGACACCCUGAAGAUGGCAGGUGGACUAGGAAGAACUCAAGACAAAGAAAAGAACAGAGAGGAAGAGGAGGAUGCUGCAGGUGAAGAAGGACUAGAUGGGGAAAGGAAGAAAAGAAAGAUCAAGAAGAAAGCUGUAAUAGAAACCAACAUCAAAAACCUUAAUGUAACCCAGUUUGACCUUGAAUUUGAGGUGGAUCCUCUCUUCAAAAAGACUUCGGCACAGUUUGAUGAGGGCCGAUCGGGCAGUGGGCAGUUCCUCAGCACGCUCCAGCUGCUGGAUGAUUCAUGCCAGAUGGUCCUUGAUUCUGAAACCAUCCUCAUGGACAUGCUCAGGGACAAGGUCCCUAAAAAGACUGAGCUUGUUUUGAUACCAAAGCCUGAAGAUCUUGGCCAAAGGCUAAUUUGUCCAACAUUUGCGCCUUUUGAGUUUACGUCGUGGAAAGUUGGUGAUGAGGAUUCUUUCUGUGAUGUUUCAAGACUACAGGAUAAAGAGGAAGAAGAGGACCAAGAUGCCCAUCGUUUUGAUGUCAACGCUGUGCCGGAACCUCUGGAUGAUGACCCGUAUUUUGAUGCAGAUGACGAAGGAAUAGAUCACAUAACUGGAGCUGAUGAUGAUGACAAUGGCACUGUUAUGACCAUUGGGCAGGAGGGCUGUCAGCGUGCCCCGCCUCCCCUCAUGGAAGCCGUCCAUUUGAAGGAACACCUGGCAACCAAUCCGUCUGAGUACUCUUACUUUGAUAGCCGUGUCAUGUCUGCUUGGGCAGGACCUGGCCACUGGAGAAUAAAAGCACUAUCCAAAGUGAGAAGUAUGAAAUCUCAGUCAGAAGAUGGUAAGAAGAAGAAGAAGGAAUUUGUCAGCCUUAUCUAUGAAGAGCAGGAGGACCCCGAAAUCACAAAGCUCUUUGCGGUGACCCGCAAAGCUACAAAGUUAACUCAGACAACAUUCAAGCUGUGGAGCAGAGAUAAGACUACACUGCCAGUGGAUCUCCACUAUGAUGGAAGGAAUUUCACAAAGCUUUUUGGACGUCCUGCAAUCAUUAUAAGGAGACAGCAGAAGGCAGCAGAGGUUGAUGACAGUGUGCAGGAGUAUGAUUAUGACAACCAGAAUGAUAGAGAUAACUACUGUGCAGAUAUGGAUGAUGGUGCCAGUGGUUAUGGGGAUCACACAGCAGGUUAUGACUUAACAGACAUCUUCAGCCAGACAGUAAUGGGCUCACAGCCAGCUGCAGGAGAGGAUCUAGACAACAAGGGAAUGCAUUUCCUUGAUAACCUAGUAGCGGCACCCAACAGGGUUGCAAAGAUCAACAUUGGCUAUGCGCGGACAGCAAAGAAGGUCGACAUGAAGAAGCUGAAAUCGACAUUAUGGAACCUGCUUGCAGACCCAAGCACCAACAAGGAGAAUGAGAAGGGGUCUGAAAAUCAUGCUCAGCCAGACGUGCAACACGACAAAAUGGAUCCAAAUUAUAAAAUUGACUUCACAAGCCUCUACAAAGAUCUCCCAUCCAAGCUGUCUUCAAAGAUGACAGAGAAUUUGUCUGUUCCUCUGGCCUUUAUUGCACUCCUUCAUUUAGCAAAUGAACAUAGCUUGAAACUUGACAGUGAUGGACACAUGAGAGAUUUUACUAUAUUGCAAGGAUAACACAUCUGUGGCUGUUGUCUUGUAGUCCACUGUAAAAAGAACCAACACUUAUUGCUAAUAUCUGCAUUUUAGUGAUAUCAAAUUAUUAUUUUAAACAUGGGAAGACUGAUAUGAUUGUGUUAGAUGGACCAACUAAAUCUAUUGCUUUUGUAUUUUCUUUUUGCAUAGUAACAGUAGGAUGAAUAGACUUGUUUUCAAUAUAUAUUUAAGAUUCUGUUUUCAGUCUUAAGAAUUGAAUCAAUGCUCAGAGUCUAAUAUGCUUUUCUUUUGUUCAUCAGUAAUUUCCCCAAAAUUUUAAGAGAAAAAUUAUCAUAUGGUAUUUAUGCAAAGGAUGAUUACCUUUUUUAUUAUUAUUAUUAUUAUUAUUAUUAUUAUUAUUUGUUAUUGAUCAUCAUCAUUCAUUAUUUACUUUGAAUAUUAAUGUAUAAGAUAAAGUAAUUCUUCUUUAGUCUUUACUUCUUUACUUUGUUUACUUUUAUGCACUUCUUCAAAGUUGUCCUUGUUAUUUUCACAGAAAUUUUCCAAAAUAUAUUUUUAUGUGUGUAUUUGUAUCUGUGUGCACACAUGUCUGAAUAUUUUUCCUUCCUGUUGUAAAUAGAGGAUAGGUCUCCUUUCCUAUUCUAAAUAGAGGUUAGGUGAGGGCAUUUGCACUCCUGUGACACCAACUUGGCCUUCUAAAAUACAGUCCGUUACCUAAAUUAAAAGUCCAGUCACUUAGACUGACACAUGAAUUCUUCAACACCAAGGAUGAAUGUAUUUUUAUUGUCUUGUGCAUGGAAAGCUUGCAAGGCAUACACAAACACAUACUUGAGAGUACCAGUGAUGUUGAUAUCCAUAUAUUUGGAAUGUUCAUUUUCCUGCAUUUGACCAAAGUCAGAUUAGGGCAGUUGAGUAUGCAUUGAGUUUCUUUUAUGAGUAGGUCAUGAAAAUUGAAAGGUUCAUUUUAUUUAUUCUCAGGACAUGUAUUGCUGUAUGAUUUAAUGUAAUAUAUUAAUUAUUUUAUAUAUUUUCUUUAUAUUAUAAUUAUCAGUAAUUUUUUACUGUGCUGCAAUGUUUUACUAUAAUUUUUGUGUAGAUAGCAAACUUAUGAUUUCAUAAAGGAAUUUUAA